AAAGGCAUGAUAUGAUCGACACCAUACACUAACUACGAGUCUAGUCUACCGCAGGGGCUUUCUCGUUCACCUCCCUUUCUUUCUCUCUCUCUCUCUCUCUCUUUCCAUGCCAUAUAUAUACACAUUCACGAGGUGACGCCAGAGGAAGAUGAACUGAACAAGACAGCGGUGGCCGUUACGAAAAUUAAAGCUAGCUUACCAAUAUCUUACUGGUAACUGGUAAAAGGGUAGAUGCCGUUGCAGAGUUACAGUUGGUUCAAGAUGAGUUGGAAUUCAGAGAUGGAAUCUCAAUACACGGACACAAUCAUGCCGUACAACUCAAUUGGAAGUUUCAUGCAUUUCUUCGGAGGGGUAACCUAUGACCAUUUGAACUAUAUCUUUGCUGAUGUUCCCUAUGCUCAGGAGAACUCUUCUGUUAAUACCAAUAUUUACAAAUUUGAGCUCUCUGAACCUGGGAGUUUUUCUUAUUAUGAAUUUAGUCAUGGUGGCUAUAGUGAGAAUGGUCAAUUUGAAAACCCUUUGCAGACGGUUCGUGUUAAUGAGGCAGUAGAAGAAUCAGCAGCACAUAUGCAUGGACGAGACAAUUCAAUCUCCACCUCACAUUCUAAUUCCGUGGAGUGUUCUAGUGGGUAUCAGAACACUUGUGAUGAUGAUGAGGUUGUGUGGCAAGAUAAUAUUGAUCCCGACAACAUGACCUAUGAGGAGCUACUGGAAUUGGGAGAGACAGUUGGGACACAAACCAGAGGUCUUUCUCAAGAACUAAUCUCUUUGCUUCCUGUCACAAAGUUCAAAUGUGGCUUUUUUUCAAGGAAGAGAUCAAGAAAGGAGAGGUGUGUAAUCUGCCAGAUGGAAUACAAACGAGGCGAUAAACAAAUCAAUCUUCCAUGCAAACAUGUGUAUCAUACUGGUUGUGGCAGGAAGUGGCUGAGCAUAAAUAAAGCAUGCCCGAUUUGUUACUCAGAUGUGGUGGUUGUUAAUCGAUCAGCAUAGGUGCCGACUAGGGACGCAUCGUCUUCGUUCAAGUUUACAGAAGAUAUGCUCAUUUUCAUUUAUAGAAUAUAAAAGCAGCACUAAGAUGGAGAUGUAAGUUGGAGAUGUUGGAUUUUACAUUAUAUAAACAUUUAUCAUCUUCAGCUAUAUAGUAAACCAGAUGAGUAAAAAGGGAUUGUAAACUUCUAAAAUAUUACACUUCUCGAUCUGAUCAGUUGACAAGUAGUGUGAAAUUAAUCAAGAAGGUUAACUUGUUUGCUAAUAAACAAUCAAUAUUAUUG